UGGAAAGACAGGUGAUCCGCGAUCAUUCAGUGUAAAAAAACGAUCUCGGAAUGUUCUUUUAGCAGCAGGACGGCAAGACGCGCGGGUUACGUCAAAAUUUUUAAAUGCGAGUGUUUGAUAAAUGGUUUCUUCGUUCAGUCGAGUUUUUCUAAUCACAGUAUUUUUCUCAGUUUAUUUACUCGCGAAUGCAACACACGCAGUAAUAUCAAAACUCAGGAACCUCUCCAAAAAUAUUCAUUCACUUUCCUGUCAGUCAAAAUAUGGAAAAAGAAAAGUCAACAAGCAUAAAUACGAAUAACGUAAAAUAAAUGUAGACGAAUCUAGAACGCGUUGGAAACACUAUAUCGUCGUGGUGAUGUGCUUUUAUAAAAGAAAUUAUUUUGAAUGGACAUAAAGAAGAAACGAUGCGACAAUUCGCUGAAAAUAUGCUAGCUCAAUACGCAUGCGCUGGUUCGUCGAUGCUUCUAUCGAGGGCUGUGGGGUGGCGCUACUAUCCUGCUUUUCGCGUGGCGUCUGUGUUUAUGUCGUAAAGACGGAUACCGGUCGGUGCAAUUCAAACCGUCAUUUUACCUACAUUUUACUUACGAACAAACCGUUGUAAUACUACAAAUGAGUAUCCAAUCAAAAUAAUGGAUAUUGAGAUAUAAAGAUGAAAAUUAACCGCGAAAAAAUGUGAAAAUCAAAGGUUCAACGAAAGUGUGGGAACUACGUUUUCAAAAAGUCAGUUACAUCAUGUGCAUCGGCGUGUGUGUGUAUGUGUGUGCGCGUAGGUGAUGACGUCACACAAUCGCAUGUUCGAAAAGAAAACAAUCGAAACAAAAACGCAACAAUGACCGGUCGGCGAAAAUUUUUCAUGCAUCCCCGAAAAGUUGAUAAACUAAAAAUCGAAGAUCCGUUAAUAGAAACAUCGACAAAGUGUAUCGCUUAUCCGGAUGUUGGAUCAUCGAUAAAUGAAAAGAAAAUUACGUACGCCUGCGAAAAAAAAACUGACCAUCCGAAAACCGGGAAACCUUACGAUUUCCGUACUUUUUAUGCCGGAGUAGAUAACAUCGAUAAACACGGUUCAGAAAAAUACAUACCUCCAACGAGCAACGAAGUUUUAAUACUUCGACAAGAAAUGAAGGAUUGGAAAAACUACGAGGACCGUGCUAAUAUAGUGGAAGCCAAACUUUCGAAAAUCGGAAAAGGAAUCGUUGCAAACGAAUCAAUAGGCGAAUCCAAAAACCCGAAUGAAGUGGCAUCAGCGAAGACUACGGAAGAAGAGCAUCGACGAAGCGUGCGAUCCGAGUCACAGCCGGAAGCUUCCGUAAUGCUGCACAACAAUGGAAAGCCUCGAUCGUUUUGUAGUACGAGCCGGAGCGCAGCUGACAGGCAAACGACCGGCCCGAAUAAACGUGCGGUCGUUUCUCACGUGCGAACCCGCUCGCUGGAUCGAUCAUCGCCACGAGCUGGCAAGGCUGACAACCGUGGCUCGCUCGUAAAUCACGUUAUUCGGAGCGACGUGAAAAAUCUUCAAGAUUAUUUGCCGCGAAAAUUGAAGAAAAAGACGCAGACACAAGCGUCGGAGAGCCCGCUCUACAGUCCGGAAACUCUGAGUGCCCUGGAAAACGCUGAGAAACUGAUCAAAGAAGCUCAAAAGAGAAUUCUGGAAGCCGCUUACGACGUUCACUCGAGCCCCGAGCGGGAUUCCUCCGCCAGAUCGGGAGAGACGAAAUCGAAGGACGACGAAUCGCUGUACAUCCGCGACGUCGUGGCGACGAGAUUCCACGAGGCGAACGAAUCCGGCAGAAUUUACACGCGAGUAACAGCGAGACGCCCGGCGGAAAAAGCUCACAAACCGGAAGCCCGGCAACCGUGGCAAAGACGGCUCGUCGACGGUAAACUCUGUGGCAAGGAGAGAACGCCGCAGCGGGCGACGACGAAAAACAAAAAGUCGAUCAACCUCCCGGAGGACUGCGAAAAACCGACUCGGAACUCCCAAGAUCCGAGGGACGCGCGAUCCACGGACAAAACAUCGCAGCGAGCACCUCGAGGGGAGAAUUCGAAAGCGGAAAUGCCGGUAAAAUUUAUUGAUUCGAAGAAACAAGAGGACCAGACUCCGAGCAGAAGCUUCGGAGUCCAAGAAGGCCCUCGCGUCGACAUCCGCAACGAACUGACGAUUACGAGCGUCGAAAAAAUUGACAUUUCGCCUUGGCCUCCUUCCUUUCCGGUUCAACGUAACGUCAAAACUUACGAGUUUCGUCACGGCGAGCCUCGCCUUCCUGAGAGAGCCGACGAGCCCAGAGUCGACGCUGAGUCGCGUGACGAGGAGCCGGAAGCCGAUGAAAAAUCGGCUCCUACGAGGAAAAAUCCUGCCGCAGUGUCCUCGAGCGAACGGGGCUCGAGCUCUGACCUCCUUCCGAGCAAAUCAGGUCGUUCAAUCGAAUCGGAACGUCUCGAAGGACCCGAGGCCACGGGAGCCUCGUCUCGAGACCCGCGAAACACCGAGAAACCCGAGAAACCCGCGGAAUCAUUCAUCGAGUUUUUACAACGUCACGAAAAUCGUCCAAACGGAUUUUUCAAUCAUCGCGAAAGAGAUCCCGAGGAGGGAACGAAAAUUGAAAUUUUCGAUCGAGCGGUCCGACGCUUUUUCCGGAAUUUCAGGCGCGCUGAUGAGACUCUCAAUAAUUCCGAAUCCGAAGUCGACUGUCCCGAUGGCAAAUCGACCCUCGACCGUGCCGCGCUCGAAAAAUCGGACGUUCUCUACGAAUCCUCCGAAGAUGAUGAAUGUCCCGGGGACAAUUGGGAUCUCAACGAGAUUAAUCUGGAAGCUCCGAAUUUCGGGGAGCUCGACGAGGUUUUGAGAAAGUUUGACGGCACGAUGAACAAAGUGCUCCAAGCCACGAGGAAUCUUGGAUUUUUAAUGUCAGAAUACUCGAUCGACGAUGACGUUGCCGAUCGGUUUAAAGCUCCCGCGGUCAGCGGGGCCUCGUGGGUCGUUGACCAACGCGGAAUUAAACCGAGGAACGACGAUAUUGAUUUGGAAAAUAAAAAUACUCGAGAAAAUCCUCCAAAAGAUUUGCCGAGAAAUGCGAAUUUAAAUGCCUCCGAUUCGACAGACGAGAAUCGAGGAGCGCCUGGCGAAUUUUCCCAAGCCUUUUCUCGGUCGUCCCAGUCCGAAGGGCCCAAAAAUAAUUCGCCUCUGAAAAGCUUCCUCGACAAAACCAUCAUUUCUCGUCCUCGGUAUUCCACGCCGUUGAAUAAUGAUUUAAAGCUUGGCAAAUCCUUCGACAAUGCGAAUCGUACCCCGAACGAUUUCGCCAAUUUUUUCAGCGGCAUUCGUCGCUCGGAAAUCGGCCGCGAUGGAAAAUUGACGAGUAAACAAGAAAUAUCGGGAAUCGAGAAAAUCAACGGGAACGAGAAAUUGCGCACCGCUGCGAAGCAACCAUCGGUUGCUUCCGCUGAGCCUGCGAAAAAUCAAUUGGAAACGAAGACUCAGAUUUUCAUCAGCGAAAUCGAAAAAAAAUGUAAUUUCCAAUCCUUAUUCAAUCGGGAGCGAUCCACUCGAACGGAGAAUACCGCGCCUCCCAAUCCAGUCGCACUCCCGACGAGUUCGGCCCGCGAAGUGGAGGACCCUCCAGCUCCGUCUUCGAUCGGCAAACCAACGACUGCGGAGGGCAGUACGCAAAACGAGAAUUCGAAUGGCGCGAAAAUAGUCGACGAGUUUCUGACGAGAAGGAAUUCGAGCAAGUGCGAAAGCUCUGCUGCCGAAGAAAUCCCCGAAUUAUGUGAAAAUUCGACGGGGCCGAAGAGCGGAGAAAAAUGUAAAAGUCGUGCUAAUUUUUCUGUCGCUUCCAAGCCCGAUGAUUUAGAAAGAACGAGAAUCAACGAGACUCUCGAAUCGUCAGUAAAAAGCAAUUCGGCCAAAAGAGAGAAAACGACGGUCGUUUCAGCGAGCAACGAAAAGAGCAAUAACUUUGCUGCUCAAGUGGAAGAGCCACGGGAUCGAAAUUCGGGCAACGGUUCCCCAGAAUCCUCGACGAGGGAUCGAACCUCGUUCGAUAUUUCGAGCGCCUAUUCCGAGGACUUUGAAGAAGCUUCGGGAAGUUCAAAAAAAUUGAGCAUUGCUAAAUUUACGGAUCGCCCGAAAGAUUCGUCGGUCAGAGAGCCACCGAACGAAGCGGAAGUUUCCACGAACGUUGGAGCCACUUCGACCGAAGCUGAAGACACCGUAGCGAGUUCGAAAACUGAACAGAAAUCACUACCCAAAAUCACCACUUCAACGUCGAUGAAGAAAUCGAAUGGAAAUGAAGAAAAAAAGCCCACUAAGUGUGCAGACGACCGUUUCGAAAAACAGGACGCAGAUACGAGAGCAGCGAACGAAAAUAGUGUCGAAAAGAAAGCAGACCAACUGUCAGAAAUCGAUGAAAAUUCAAGCAACGGCUGCCCCAGUUCUUCCUCGCCAAAAUCUUCAAAGAUGUCUCGAACGGGUUCGUCGGCCGAGGGAUCCCGUCGGGGCGGAACAAAAGCAAUCGACACGUGCGGCGAAAAUUACUCCGAAGGGGAGCUGUAUUUGCCGAGUUCGUGCUCUUAUUCCCUCGGGGAAAUAAGGAUUUCCGAGCUGGGCACGUGCACACCUUCCGCUCCUGGCGUCGAAUCUUCUGUCAGAAAUGCCGAUACUAUGAGAAUAUUUUUCAGCAGAAGUUUAAUCAACACAAAUUCCGCCGAUAACACCAGUAACGCCGUUAACAGCCUUGGUGAAAUUCAAGAAACGGACGUCGAAAUAACAGACAGCAAUUAAAAGCGAUAUAUCGGCAAUGAAGAAAAUGCCAUUUCGUGUACAUCGAUUGAAAUAUAUGUUAUGUUAUUCAAAGUUUUGUAAUAACGGCAUUCAAAAAUAAAGAUUCUCUCGGAAUUUUUCUCAAA